ACGCAUGCAACAAUGUGGAAUGAGUCAAUUAAAAAAAAAAAAAAAAAAGAAUUAGCCCAAAAUCCGUUGGGGUUAAAGGUUAAGAAAAAAAUAUAUGGAGCCCUAAAUAGCAGGGAAAAAGCGUGUCUGACAAACCAUCAUUUCUUGGACCUUCUCCCCCUCUGCCUCUUCGAUGAGCUUAGAGUUAGUAUGCCAAUGGUUCAACAAACUAUAGACUCUGAAGUUGGUGCACAUAGGCUACACAAUCCUGAAAAUAGCUCACCCUCCUGUGAGAAGCAACUUCCAGCUGCUGUAAAGAAGACACCAUUGAGAGAUAUACAGAAUGAUAAUAGAGUGGUGCCCAACUCCAAAAUCAAUUCUCCAUAUGCAAAGGAUGGAGGUCCUGCUGUUGAUGCUAUCAAGGUUUCUGGAACUAAGAGACCACCAGCGUGGAUGAGCCCCUCUCAAGACCAGUCUCCCAGCAGUAAUUCCCCAAAUGCACAUCUUGUUUAUGUCCAUAGAAAAUCUGGAGUAGAACUUGGAAAAAGCAGCACUUGUGAUGGCAUUGUCAUUAAUACUAAUGGUAAUAGUCCUCACAUAAGGCAAGUUGACAGCCUGGAGGAGACUAACCAAUCGAAGCCCCAGAUAAAAGAGCCAAAGGUCUCUUGUUUUCGUGCAUUUGCUCCUCUCCCAAAGGCUUCCUUGAUGAGUUCAUCUGCAAAAGCUUUAGUUCCUCUGUCUGUUGGGAAGUCUGGUAUGAUGUUAUCACCAGAGUCCAAUCACCAUCCAGUUGCUUCUGAUACCACAUUGUUGAAUAGUCCAGAGGAAGUUAAUAAACUGCAUUAGGAAGAGCAGUAUUGUCAAUUGCAGAUGCUAUUAAAGAAAUUGGACCAAUCAAAUCAAGAUGAUUAUGUCCAGAGUAUGACAAGGAAUUUCAAUUAAAACAGCCAUGACAUGUUCUACUUAUAGUUGGUAAAAU